AAAAUGACGCCGGCACCGCUACGGUCGAGUGUGAAAAACGUACAGUGCGCAGCAGAUCCACGGGCACCGGCUAGACCCGACAGCAGCUGUGUGUGCGUUCUAUUUUCGGUGAUAUUCGUAUGUCAGACUUCUGAGCCGACGCACGAUCUCUCGACCACCCGAAAGACGUCUAUUCACACACGCAGUACAAAAAUUGUAUACCGUAUACCGUGAACCACGUACAAUAUUUUUCGAUCGCCGGGUAGAUUCGAUAAUUUCGUCUAAUUAUUAUUGUUAAUACUCAUUCAAAUUAUUAUUGUUAAAAAACGCGCAAUACGCGUGCGCCCGUCCCGCAUAUCCGUCACCGCGUGCGUCCGGUCACACGGGCCCCGCGGAUAGUACUUUGGAUGGCAGUGCACCAUGGGUAAUUCGUCUUCGUCGCACGGCAAACUGCACAAGCUGCAGUAUAACGGUACGGCCAGUUCCCGAAACCAUCUGUCGUCGUCAUCGUCGUCCGAGAGAUUUACUUCCGGUCCGCCGUCCGCGCCGGGAAAACCGUAUCUGGUGAUCGCGGCUCCAGCAGACGAACCGGACGUGAUAACUGUCAAGUGGAAACCACCGGCCCGUGACUGCGGUUCGAAAAUCACAGGGUAUAUUGUUGAGCAUCGACGGACCAUUUCACCUCAUUGGGUCAAAGCCACGCCGGGAAAAGUCCCACACAAUCAGCUGACGUUAAGUGGCCUCGAGCCAGGAUGGCGUUAUCAGUUCAGAGUAAAAGCUAUCAACUCAUCGGGACAAUCGCCACCGAGCAUCGUUUCAGAUCCGGUCACGAUGACCGUUCACAGGACAGCUGUUGUCGCACCGGUUUUCGUUUGUGGAAUAGAAGACCGCGUCGCGUUGGAAAACGAUCAGGUAAAAUUCGAAGUGGAGUUUGAAGGUACGCCGGCGCCAAAAAUCAGUUGGUUUAAAGACGGGUUUGAACUGUUCAGUAACAGGCGGCAAAGGGUGAACACUGAUAAUGGAAUCAGUACAUUAUAUAUCCACCAGGCUGAGUACUCAGACGAAGGAGAAAUAAAAUGUUCAGCUACAAACAGAGCUGGCCACGCGAUAACAAAAGCUAGGUUAAGACUAGAAGCGCCGCCCAUGGUUCGGUUACCCCAAGAUUAUGAAGAAGGUUUGUUAUUGGAACAAAAUGAACCAAUGAGAUUAAAAGUAUCAGUUUCCGGCCGUCCGUUACCACAAGUUACUUGGCUUCACGAUGGUGAAGAAAUCCGUGGUGGUGAUAGAUUUGAAGUGAUUCAUACAGAUAAAUAUGCCGCCCUAAAAUUAGGGUGUGUUAAAAGAUCAGAUAGAGGGUGCUAUCAAAUUCAAGCAGUAAACCCAUUGGGUGAACAUAUGGCUUCAUUUUUGGUCACUGUUACGGAUAGACCUUCACAGCCAGGUAAAGUGCAUGUAUCUAAAACGUCAGGUAAAUCUGUAACACUGUCCUGGAAGCCACCAGAAGAUGACGGAGGCUGUAAAAUUGGAAAUUAUAUAAUUGAGUAUAAUAGAGUUGGAUGGGAUAUGUGGUUAAAAGCGUCCACCAGUAGACAACUUACUGCAGACCUCGAUGAUUUACUAGAAGGUUCGGAGUACAGAUUCCGAGUAAAAGCAGAAAAUCCUUAUGGCAUGAGUUUACCAAGCGAUGUAUCUGAACCAAUAUUCUUACCGGAUAUCAAACGAGGUAUAUAUAAGCCUGUAGUCACACCAGCUCUCCUAUUAGAGGAUGAAGAAAAACUAAUACAGUUCCAAGAAAAGGAAAUGUUGGAGUAUUUUGGUCGAAAAUCAAAAUCUCCUGAGCCGUCGUCUAAAGCGAGGAAAUUAAGUGUAGAUGAGGUUUCACCUCCUGUACCAAAGAGACGAAAAAAAAAGACGAAGGCUGAUUUAAAUAACUCCGAGACGGAUAUUUAUAAAUCCUUUAGUCAUCUAGACGUAUCCACUGAGACCAUACAACAGCCAAUUGAACAAAAAGACCAUUGGGGCUUACCUCCUGGAUUAAAGACAAAUAAUGGAAUGAUAAGUCAGGGAGAUACAACAAACUCUCUAACAUCACUAAUGAAUUAUACAACAAAAAGAAAUUCAUCAGAUUCUUUAUUACUAUUGAAUUUCGAACGAGGAUCAGCUCCACCUAUUUCAUUAUCAUCUCCUGAAUUAGGCGCAGAGUCUGAAGAUUUCGAAGAACAUUUAAGGAACUCUUACAGCUCUAGUGAACUCCUGUAUGAACGAAACUUAAAUAGGUUCAAUGGAUAUUCAAAUAAUGAAAAUGUUUCAUCAGAAGCUCAAAAAAUUGCGAUUUAUGCGAUGGACAGGAAAAACAGCUUAAGGCGGUCACCUAUUACUAGAAGAUCAAAAGAUGGCUCUGAAGAAAAAUCAGUUUUUAGCGAUUCAGAUUCAGUUCAUAGUGUCGUCGAUACUUCUAAAAAAAUAAACACAAUUAGUUUUAUGUCGUUAACAAACAGCAUAGAUGAAGAAAUCAUGGAAAAUGUAAAAGAAACAAUUGAUGAUGAUGAUAAACAGUCUACUACGUUUUCUGGUCUAGAGUCUGAAACUUCAAUAGAAUCUGACGAUGAUUAUAAUAUGUCAGAAGAAAAGUUUACCAGUUUUGGAAGUGGAAAACGAGCGUUAGAACACAAUUCGUCUAGCGCUUUCUUUUCGACGGUGUAUUGUGAUGAUGAUUACAUGUCAGAUCAAAAACUUUCUGACAGGGAACGGUCAAAGUCACCCGCCAAUUGGAUAGAAAAGGCCAACGAAGUAGUUAUAACUUCGGCUUCUUUAGGCUCUGAAAAUACUGAACGAAGAUCGUCGAUAACGACGGUGAUUUCACCGUCCACCGAAGAGACGUCGGAAAAGUCUGACUCGAUGUCACAAGACUCCUUAAAUUAUUCCAAUGGAUCGACUGAUAGUGGUGAAUACUCUCGACCAGAUGAGAAAAAUUUAGACACUGCUGAAAUAUCUACUAUAGAGACGUCAGUGGAUGGGACUUAUCGGCCAAGGGACGGAAUCCCCAAGUACGUAAUGUUGCCGAAUCCGUUUUUCAAGGAGAAUGCAACAGCAUCUGAGAAUUCGGAACGGGUGAUAUUUAAAUUAUCGUCAGAUUCGAUUGGUAUCGUACCACCCGAGAUACCAGAACGGGAAACCGGCGUUGGUAGUGGUGUAAGACCGACGCUUCCAGUCAUUACAGUUACAGAGACAAACGAUCGCAGCCCAAAGUCUCUGUUGAAGAAGAUUUUUGUGCCACCGUUUUUAAACAGGCAAUCAAAUGGGCCUGACCGUGACAGGUACGAUGAUCAAGUGACCAGGAAGAAAUCUCCAAAACGAGAUUCAAAGAUAUCUUUGGCAGCCAGUGACGGGGGUGACGAUUCUCCAGUCAACAAUUCUAAUACCUACACGGAUGCCGAUGCUGACUCAUCCACAGAUACUGAUGCCACCGCUGCCGCUGAGAUGAUUGCGGUUAGACAUUACGGUGACAUAGUKGAACAAUACAGUGGAGUGGCUAGGAGACCUGUAGCCAAAACUUAUUUUGACUUUGAACAAUUAAAAAUGGCCGCAGCCAUAGAAUGCUGUGAUGAACCAGUCAUUAGAUUUGAGGCUGGGCUGCGGGAUGACUACGAAGAAGAUGGUAACGUGGAUGCAGAUUGUGGAAAUGAAGAAUACUAUGAAGAGAGCGGUGAUUGUUCGUUGGAAAAGUUGUCUAUACAACCGGAAGCUGAUGUAAAUCUGGAGACGUCAGGAGAAUGGCUAUCGGCCGUCGUAUUGCAUCAGCCGGAAAUGCCCGAGCCCAAUGCGGUGCCGUAUUUGAAGAUAUUUGGCAACCUGUCGUUGGCUGUGUUCGGCUAUUGGUUAUAUAUGUGCAAAGAUGAGAAACUUUCUGUACCAGUUUUUGGGUUUCUGUUGUUCCGAUUCUUUAAGACACAAAUUUGGGAUAGAAUUUGAUUUUUUGGCGAUUUGUUUGUAUACACAUGAAUUACACUGUCCGCGUUAAACAUGUGACCCAGAUAAGUGUGAAAUGGGAAAAGACAGGGUUCCAUAUGAUAUAUAUGUCCAACGUCCAUAAUGUUUAAUAUUUAAACACGUUUGUUCUCUAUUUAUAUUAUUUUAUUGUUAAUUAAAAUUUUUAUUUUUUACACUUAAUGAGAAAUGUAACAGUAAUAUUGUUCAUGUUAGGAUAUUGUUGUUUUAUACUGAA